GUGUCUCUGGAAGGCGGAGACGCUGCCGUGAUUUAUGACCCCGCCCUCCAGAUGCCGGGAACGCUCCAGGAAGCCAUUGAGGAGAUGGGAUUUCUCUCGGCUCCGGUUGAUUUGCAUCCACAAGCUGUGACCACAGACAGUCUCGUGUUUCACCUCUCACAGGAUCAAGCCGCAGAGCCGACCUGCACUGAGCUGCUGUCACUGCCGGGGGUCCUGGAGGUGAGACCCUCCGAGGAGGGGGCGGGGCUAAGUGUGACGUUUAUACCUUCACUUGUCAGUCCGGACGUCAUGAUUCGGAGAUUCCCGGGACUGAUCCCUACGAAGGGCAAUCCCCCCGCACAGAGCGGGGACCUCCUGGUGAAGAUGAGGGUGGAGGGCAUGACCUGCCAUUCCUGUACAAGUACCAUAGAGGGCAAAAUCGGGAAGCUCAAUGGAGUCCAACGAAUCAAAGUCUCUCUGGAUAACAAGGAGGCCCUCAUCAUCUACCAGCCGGACCUCGUCUCCCCCGCAGAGAUCCGCAGCCAGAUCGAAAAAGCCGGUUUUCCUGCAACAAUUAAGAGCAAGCCGCCCUCCAAGCUGGGAACGAUCGACGUCAGCCGAUUGACACAUGUCCAGAUGAAUGGUAACGGGGACGUGUCACUGCCAAAGCUUCAUACUGACCUUACCAGAGCCGUCUUCCAAGUAGACGGCAUGCACUGCAAAUCAUGUGUUCUAAACAUUGAAAGCAACAUGGCCGCCCAUCCCGGGGUGUCCGGCGUGGAGGCGUCAUUGGAGGAAAAGACGGCCGUCAUCCAUUACAAUCCAAAUCUCACCGAUCCGGGUGCCCUGUGCCAAGCUAUAGAAGCUUUGUCUCCCCGGACGUUCAAAGUGAGCCUUUGUAAUGGCCCAGAAUCUAUCCAACCACCCGACACCCGGACACAACCCGGACCCGCCUCUUCCAAGAAGACCAAUCAGGAAAGUCCGUCCAACGUCACCCUCAUUAACAUUCAAGGCAUGACCUGCAAUUCUUGUGUCCAGUCCAUUGAAGGUCUCAUCUCCCAGAAACCUGGAGUGAGAUCCAUCCGGGUAUCACUAGGAGGCGCUACCGGGACCGUGGAGUAUGACCCCAACGUGACCAGCCAGGAGGCCGUCCGAGCCGCCAUCGAGGACAUGGGCUUUGAUGCCUCCCUAGGGGAGGGAAUGGCGCCCGGCCUCUCGUUGGAAGCUUCCCAGAAGGCUGAGCUCCGUUCUUCUCCAGAGACGCCGGUCCACAGCAAGCAGGAAAGCAGCAAGUGCUUCAUCCAGGUCUCCGGAAUGACGUGCGCUUCCUGUGUAGCCAACAUCGAGCGCAAUCUCCGCAGGGAGGACGGCAUACACUCGGUCCUGGUGGCUCUGAUGGCCGGGAAGGCGGAGGUGAGGUAUAACGCGGCGCUCAUACAACCCCCGGCCAUAGCUGACCUCAUUCAGGAGCUGGGAUUCGAAGCCUCUGUGAUGGAGAACAAUGAUGGAGACGGCGUCUUGGAAUUGGUGGUUCGGGGGAUGACGUGUGCGUCCUGCGUCCAUAAGAUCGAGUCGUGUCUGAUGAAGACCAAGGGGGUUGUGUACAGCUCCGUGGCACUCGCCACCAAUAAAGCCCACAUUAAGUAUGAUCCGGAGACGAUCGGCCCCAGAGAUCUCAUGAAGAUUAUAAAUGAUUUAGGAUUCACAACGUCUUUGGUGAAAAGAGAUCGAUCUGCCAGCCACCUGGAUCACAGGCAGGAGAUACAGAGGUGGAAGCGAUCGUUUCUGAUCAGUUUAAUUUUCUGUAUUCCUGUGAUGGGAUUAAUGAUCUACAUGAUGUUCAUGGACAGUGAUCACAUGAUGCCCCACCACCACAACAUGACCAUGGAUGACAUCACCACCUACCACCCCACCAUGGUACUGGAGUAUCAGAUCAUGCCAGGCCUCUCCAUCAUGAAUCUGGUCUCCCUCCUGCUGUGUAUACCUGUCCAGUUUUUAGGGGGAUGGUACUUCUACAUACAAGCAUACAAGGCUCUGAAGCAUAAAACCGCCAACAUGGACGUCCUGAUCGUCCUCGCCACCUCCAUCGCCUUCAUUUAUUCUCUUGUCAUUCUUCUGGUUGCAAUGUUUGAAAAAGCCAAAGUGAACCCCAUUACCUUCUUUGACACCCCGCCGAUGCUCUUCGUCUUCAUCGCUCUGGGAAGGUGGCUGGAACAUGUCGCCAAGAGUAAAACAUCGGCGGCGCUGUCACGUCUCAUCUCCCUGCAAGCAACCGAGGCCACAAUCGUCACCUUGGGGCCAGACAACUCUGUUCUCAGUGACGUGUCGGUGGACGUGGAGUUGGUCCAGAGGGGGGACAUUGUGAAGGUGACCCCCGGGGGGAAGUUUCCUGUGGACGGACGGGUGGUUGAAGGUCAUUCUAUGGUGGAUGAAUCUCUGAUCACAGGAGAAGCCAUGCCCGUCACCAAGAAACCCGGAAGCAGCGUCAUCGCCGGCUCCAUCAACCAGAACGGCUCCCUCCUGAUCUCUGCCACCCACGUCGGCUCCGACACCACCCUCUGCCAGAUCGUCAAACUGGUGGAAGAGGCGCAGACAUCGAAGGCUCCCAUCCAGCAGUUUGCGGAUAAGCUGAGCGGAUAUUUCGUCCCGUUCAUCGUUGUGGUUUCGGUCGUCACUUUGCUGGUCUGGAUUAUUAUUGGAUAUCACAACUUUGAGAUUGUAGAGAAAUACUUUCCUGGUUAUAACAAGAGCAUUUCACAAGGAGAAGUCAUCGUCCGCUUUGCCUUCCAAGCCGCCAUCACCGUAUUGUGCAUCGCGUGCCCCUGUUCCCUGGGCCUGGCGACCCCGACAGCCGUCAUGGUUGGGACUGGAGUGGGUGCUCAGAACGGGAUCCUGAUCAAAGGCGGAGAACCUCUGGAAAUGGCGCACAAAGUGAAGACCGUGGUGUUCGAUAAAACCGGGACCAUCACUCAAGGAUUUCCAGUCGUCAUGCAGCUGAAGGUGUUGGUGGAAAGCAACAAGAUGCCAACUAACAAGCUGCUGGCCAUUGUGGGAACUGCGGAGAGCAACAGUGAGCACCCUCUGGGCUCAGCCGUCACCAAGUACUGUAAGGAGGUCCUCCAUGUGGAGACGUUGGGCACCUGUUCGGAUUUCCAGGCCGUGCCGGGAUGUGGGAUCAGCUGCAAAGUCAGUAAUAUUGAGCAACUCCUGAGAAGAACCAACCAGCCAACCAACAAGAACGACAAGAAUGCCUUAUUGGUCCAAAUCGAUGGAUCCCAGGAGGACUCCGACCUUUACCCCUUCAUAGAGCCCGAGUCUACGUCUUCCUCCGUCUCUCCGCUCUACUCGGUGCUGAUCGGGAACCGCGAAUGGAUGAACCGCAACUUCCGCACGCUGAAGAGCGACACGGAUCUUCUGAUGACGGAACACGAGGAGAAAGGUCGCACCGCUGUGCUGGUGGCCGUGGAUGGGGUCCUCUGCGGGUUAAUCGCCAUCGCAGACACGGUGAAGCCGGAGGCGGCGUUGGCCGUAUUCACUCUUCGAUCGAUGGGCCUGGAUGUUGUUCUGAUGACCGGAGACAAUAGUAGGACAGCGAAGACGAUCGCCUCUCAGGUUGGAAUCACCAAAGUCUUUGCCGAGGUUCUCCCGUCUCAUAAAGUGGCCAAAGUGAAGCAGCUCCAGGACCAGGGGGUGAGGGUGGCCAUGGUGGGGGAUGGGAUCAAUGACUCCCCCGCUCUGGCCAUGGCCAAUGUCGGGAUUGCUAUCGGGACCGGCACAGAUGUGGCCAUUGAAGCGGCAGACGUGGUUCUGAUCAGGAACGAUCUGUUGGACGUUCCCCGCCCACCGUUCUUCCUAUGAAUCGCCUUAUUUGCUUUAUCCCCACCCCCACCCCCCACCAUUCUUCCAUAUUCCACAGUCCCCCUCGUAUGUGACACCCGACAUGUCUGGGCUCAGGGCUGACACCUAACGCCGGACACAAUGAGAAGGUCCUUCAUCAGAUCAUGUCCAUGCAGGGACACUGGAGACAAUGAGAAGGUCUUUGCUCUGAUCAUGUCCAUGCAGGGACACCGGAGACAAUGAGAAGGUCUUUCCUCUGAUCAUGUCCAUGCAGGGACACCGGAGACAACGAGAAGGUCUCUGCUCUGAUCAUGUCCAUGCAGGGACACCGGAGACAAUAAGAAGGUCUCUGCUCUGAUCAUGUCCAUGCAGGGACACCGGAGACAACGAGAAGGUCUCUGCUCUGAUCAUGUCCAUGCAGGGACACCGGAGACAACGAGAAGGUCUCUGCUCUGAUCAUGUCCAUGCAGGGACACCGGAGACAACGAGAAGGUCUCUGCUCUGAUCAUGUCCAUGCAGGGACACCGGAGACAAUGAGAAGGUCUCUGAUCAGAUCAUGUCCAUGCAGGGACACCGGAGACAACGAGAAGGUCUCUGAUCAGAUCAUGUCCAUGCAGGGACACUGGAGACAACGAGAAGGUCUCUGCUCUGAUCAUGUCCAUGCAGGGACACCGGAGACAAUGAGAAGGUCUCUGAUCAGAUCAUGUCCAUGCAGGGACACCGGAGACAAUGAGAAGGUCUCUGAUCAUGUCCAUGCAGGGACACCGGAGACAAUGAGAAGGUCUCUGAUCAGAUCAUGUCCAUGCAGGGACACCGGAGACAAUGAGAAGGUCUCUGCUCUGAUCAUGUCCAUGCAGGGACACCGGAGACAACGAGAAGGUCUCUGCUCUGAUCAUGUCCAUGCAGGGACACCGGAGACAAUGAGAAGGUCUCUGCUCUGAUCAUGUCCAUGCAGAGACACCGGAGACAACGAGAAGGUCUCUGAUCAUGUCCAUGCAGGGACACCGGAGACAAUGAGAAGGUCUCUGAUCAGAUCAUGUCCAUGCAGGGACACCGGACACAAUGAGAAGGUCCUUCAUCAGAUCAUGUCCAUGCAGGGACACUGGAGACAAUGAGAAGGUCUCUGCUCUGAUCAUGUCCAUGCAGAGACACCGGAGACAACGAGAAGGUCUCUGAUCAGAUCAUGUCCAUGCAGAGACACCGGAGACAACGAGAAGGUCUCUGAUCAGAUCAUGUCCAUGCAGGGACACCGGAGACAAUGAGAAGGUCUCUGAUCAGAUCAUGUCCAUGCAGGGACACUGGAGACAACGAGAAGGUCUCUGAUCAUGUCCAUGCAGGGACACCGGAGACAAUGAGAAGGUCUCUGAUCAUGUCCAUGCAGGGACACCGGAGACAAUGAGAAGGUCUCUGAUCAGAUCAUGUCCAUGCAGGGACACCGGAGACAAUGAGAAGGUCUCUGAUCAUGUCCAUGCAGGGACACCGGAGACAAUGAGAAGGUCUCUGAUCAGAUCAUGUCCAUGCAGGGACACCGGAGACAAUGAGAAGGUCUCUGAUCAUGUCCAUGCAGGGACACCGGAGACAAUGAGAAGGUCUCUGAUCUGAUCAUGUCCAUGCAG